CGGAUACGUGUUUACUCUAAUUAUUGUCAUAUUAUGUCUACUUAUUUAAUUUCGAUCGGGAGAAGACAGUAGCUGGUCGUGUUUUAAUUGAUCUCGGAUGAUUAAAUUAGAACCGGACUAGAGAAGUCUUUUCACCUGGAGAACAAAUUAGAAUGUCUCUUCCACGUCCUGCAUUGGUGUAUGCCAGUAACCUGGAGACCUUCAACCUCUUGAACCAAAUUAGAAUGUCUCGUCCACGCCCUGCACUGGUGGAUGCUAUUGCCAAUGCCAACAGCGAUCACCGAUCCGUAAUGACACCAUCUCAAUCUAAUAGAGUAGAGCAAAUCAAUUGCAUAGGCGAAGAGGCAAGACAUCGGAGGAGUCAUUUUGUUAAUAGCAUGACAGCGGUACCAGAAAAUGAAGAAGAUACUCAACCACGAUAUGAGGUUUCAGGAAACAGACACACCUCUGUGUUUGCAUUACCAGUGAACGAAGGCGUUGAAGACUUCAUAGACUACUACACUCGACUUCUGCGUGAAGAAAACGAAAGGUUGAAAUAUCGUCAUUACUGCAUACGCUGUAGAGAGGAAGUCCGCAGCGUUGUAUUCAUCAGUUGCUUACAUCCACACCUUUUAACUUGCCAAUAUUGUGCCAAGCAUUACGACAGAUGCCCUAUAUGCAAUACGGUAAUUAAAGCUCUUCUGUUUCUUUCAAGUGAGUGAUAAGAAUGAGAUAAGAGAUUUGUAAUGAAUCAAAAAUUUAUUGCCUAAAAUGUUUUCAUUCUUUUUGAAAUAUGUGCUAUGAUUUUCUUCUAAAUAUAUAAAUCUUCAAUCCAUUGUGAAUUAAGGUUGAAUUUCUAUCACACUUUUUUCCUACAGCAUACAAUAAUACAUAACUCAUUUCAAAUGUAUCAUUAUUUAUUAUAUUUAAUAUACUUAUUAACUGCCUGAAAUUGUUACCCUAAUAUGGGUUUUAUUCCAUCUUCGAAUAAUAACUUUAUGAAUGUGAUAUAUUUAAGACAGAAUGUUGAUGGCAAUAUAAAAUUGUAUGGGUAUAUAGAAAAUGGUUUUAUUUUGAGCUGUUUACGAUGUUCUUUUUUAUACAGUGUGAUUGUGAAAUAUGUGUUUAAAAUAUUAUGUAACAUUUGUUACACUGGGGCAAACAUGUAAUAUUUGGCCAUUAUGUGUUCACAAACAUGUUUUUUAACCUUUACAAAUUUUUUACUGAUGUGUUCAUAUUUUAUGUUUUCUUUCAUAUUUUAUUAUAUCUAUAUACAUAUACUUAUUGUCUUUCAUAAAGAUGUGAUUCCAGGGAUAAUGGUUGUCAGCCUUAUUUUAAAUUUAUGAUUAACGAAUCCAUGAAAUAAAUUCCGAGCAGUAGUAUUAUCUCCUAAACUUUUCAAAAGAUUUAUUACAACUUGAAAAUGGAUAUGUGGUUACAACGAAAAGAAAAUACCAUAAUUUCUACAUUUACUUGUCUUGAAAACAGCUCUAAAAUACAAGGGUUGUUUAAAACGUAAUAGGACCAAGAUUAGUGCGUCUUCAUAUUCCAUUUCUUUCUAGACAGAAUGACGCUUGUUGUAUUUCGUAAAACAUUAUUUUGCGACGUCAUGAACGUCGUUUAUUGUAUUGUGAACGUGCGACGGUUCGCGUACUCCAUUUAUUUAAAAAAAAUGUAUUGAUCUUUACUCUGUAUAUAGAGAACACAAAUCUUGAAAUAAUAAAACAUUGGUACCGUUAAGAACCUAAUCAUUUUGGUGAUAUCUUUAUUUGCUCGCGAUAAUUUGCAACUAGUAAUUCAACAUCAACUCUGGAACGGUUCUAUUAAUUGAAAAAAAAAAUAAAACAAUAAAAACCACAACCAUACAGAAAAUGAAUGCAUUAUCAUUCAGAUAAAUAAUAAUUGUUAUGUAUCUCAGAGUAAAAUUGUAUGGUUUUGUAAGAUAUUUAAAGCUUGUAAAUUAGGCUGACAACCUCUAACACAUCUUUUGUACUGAGAUUAUUCAAAGAUGUGUUCAGGGAUUAUUUAUUGUUGUGUUUUGUUUUAUGUUUGAUUUAUUGUAGAAUUUGUAUCAUAGAUAUAAUAUAUACUUUAAUUAAAUAAUAAUAAUAAACAAACAAACAAAAACAGUUAAGGCAAUAUUAAAAAAAAUAAUUUAGCAAUUUCAAAAGCUAUCUCGUUUGACAUGGCUAAGUGUUAUGGAUAUUGUUUUUUUAUUAUCAAGUAAAUACACUUUCAGUACAGUUUCUCUCAUAUUCUGAGAGUAUAUAAAUGAUUGAUAUUUUACGGCGAGUGAUAUUGAAUCAGCGAGCGUGCUUGUUAGAUAAUAUACAUAGCAAUAUUUUGAGAUAUGAAUGACAUUUUAAACAGUUUACUAACAUUGUUGUUUAUGUCUUUUAUCAUGUAUGUAUUGACUUUUUCGAUAGGUUUUGUUUUUAUAAAUUAUUGAAUGAUAUACAAUAUUGUAAAUACAUUCACGUUAAAGCUAUGACCAAUGGGUACGGGUUGAGUCUCGAUCAUGCUGCUCGUUCUGCCUGCCCAGUGACAUUUGGUCCUUCUAUAAACAAUUGAUGUUUUAUAUGUCAUAUAGAUCGUAAUCAAACAUGUUGUUGUAUGUACCUAUUACAAACUAAAAGAAAACUCAUAAUAUCGAAAAAGUUUGUAAUUUGAUCUCUUUCAUAUGUAAUCUAAGAAGACUUUAGGCAAAGCAAAGAAACAAUGUCAAAAGAUCUCAAUUGCAUUAACCAUUUAACCAUGUACCAAACGAUUCACGACUGUUGAACUACUUUUUAUUCAAUUUUGAAUAUUUUGAAUAUUUGUUUUAUAUCAUUACUUUAAUAUGUGACAAUUGUUUAUCAUGAAAAUAUUAGUCAAGAGCCCGUUUGUAUCCUUUUACAGUAAUUGUCAAAGAGAUUGUGAUAUUGAGGUUGCUGAUUAAUUUAUAUGAUAUGUAUAUACAUAGAUAUAGAUUGAUUUUACAGCUGAAUCUAUAUGGUCACUAUCUUUUUUUGGUUUGAUUAAUGUAAAUAAAUUUUGCUUUGUAAUUUGUUUGGCAACAUACAAAAAAAUCUGUAUUAUAGCUUUUGUGCUGUAAAUAUAAUAAUGAAGCGAAUAUUAAACAUGAUUUUCUUGUUGUGCUUUGAGCAAUCUCUUGAUAUUUCAGUGUCAUUUUUAUACUUCCCGAAGGGAGAGCAUAUAGUCGCCGCUAUGCCCGUCCGUUCGUCUCUCCUAGGUAACUGUUUUUUCUCUUUGAUGUCAUUCAUUCCGUAAUGCUUUUAUAUGGCUAUUUUCUUUUGUGUGGCAAAAAACCAAUAGAUAAAACAAUAGAGUAGCCUUAUUAUUACUGUUC